AUGGAGGAAGAUGAUCAGCACCGUCAUCAUCCUCAAUCGAAACAUGUGUGCAAAUUCUGCCGCAAGAGCUUCCCUUGUGGGAGAUCUCUGGGUGGUCACAUGAGGUCUCAUAUGAUUAACGAUGUCUCCGCUCAAACUGAUGGCACUCUCAUCACCAGAAAGAAGCUUCCUUCCCUUCCUACUGCCAUUGGCAAUGAUGGAAUGAUGGUGAAUGCAGAACAAGUUGGUGACAAGCCGUGCAAAGAGUGUGGGAAAAGUUACCAGUCAUGGAAGGCCUUGUUUGACCACAUCAAGCUCCAUCAUCACCGCCACCACCAUUCCUCCAACAAACAAGCAGAAGAGCAGGAGGAUGGUAUUGAUCAAGAGGAUUCGGAUUCCGAUUCCGAUUCGGAUUCUUGGGACAAUAGUGCUAAUAACAACAUGAUGAUGCUGAACCAGAAGCUGGUGAAGGACAGCCAAUCUGACAACGAGACGACCCUGAAUAGAAAGAAGAGAUCUAAGAGGAGAUCGACCAGGCAAUUGGGGAUCGUUGCUGCUGCGAAUUCUUCCUCUUUUUCUGCAGUUUCAGGGGUGGAGCAAGAACAAGAAGAAGUUGCUUUAUGCCUCAUGUUGCUUUCCAGAGAUGUUCGCCAAACUGCUGCUGCCGCCGAAUCUUCAGACAACAAUUCGCUCUUCUCGGAAUCUGCGAACAAGUUCAGCUCUCUCUGUAAUGUCAAUGGGACUCAUGAAUCAACAGCCCCUGCCCCACCAGCCAAGCUCAAAGGUAUUGUGGUUAUGAAAUCAGAAUUGUCUGCUUCCCUGCCUCCAACUGAAUCACCAGCUAACGGCGGGAAGAGGAAGAAGAGGCAGCAAGAUUUGCUAAAGGAAGAUAUUGGUUGGGACCCAGAAGUAGUUAUCAACAGCAAGUUUGAGUGCCAUACUUGCAAUAAGGCUUUCCACUCAUACCAAGCAUUGGGAGGCCACAGAGCAAGCCACAAGAAGAUCAAAGGCUGUUUUGCUUCCAUUGUUGACAUCCCCACCACCGAUGAGACAACCAUCGUCACUGAUAAGGAAUUGUUAUCCACUGAUCAAUCUCCCACCAUUAACAAGCAACCUCAUCAACUACUACCGGUUGUUUCUUCUCCAGAUCCUCCACCUGGAACAACUAAGCUCGUUGCCACGAAAUCGAUCAAGCACGAGCUCCUUGCCACUAAAAUCUCGCCCAGUCCUACUCCGAAUGUAGCGAGUGGAUCAGGAAGGAAGAAGGGAAGUAACAACAACAGCCAUGGACGCACGAUACAUGAGUGCCCCAUUUGUCUGAAAGUGUUUUCAUCAGGACAGGCCCUUGGUGGCCAUAAGAGGUCUCAUUUGGUUGGUAGCAGUGAGGGUAAAGCAGCCAAUAAUGUUCCAAUGGCUACACUAACAGAAACUGCAGAUGGUGCUGGUAAGAUUCCGACGAUGAAGGAUUUCUUGGAUCUCAAUCUUCCUGCUCCAGUAGAGGAAGAGAGUGAGAACAACAAAAGUAACAGUAACAUUAAUGAUGUGGUGGGAUUCAAUCCAUGGUGGAGCGGUGGAACUAGUCACCAGCAUGAGCAGCAGCCACUUGUGGGUUUGAUCUCUAACUUGUGA